AUGGCCAUCUCUGUUCCCAACACUUGUAGCCCGCGGCUGGCUUUUCUGGACGACCAAGGCCCUCCCCCAAAGCAGAGCAUGUGGCACCGAUUGGGGUUGCGAAAAUUAUGGCAGGGCCGCGAUGAUCGAGACACAUCUGGGGAGAGUCAAGAUGAGAUUUCUCCCCCUUCUUCUGACCACUCGCGCGCCAAACAAGACAACCUGACCCGUCGAAUCUCGCGAAAGGUCGGCGUUGGUCUUCCACGAACGCACUUCAAACGACAGAGUUCCGAUCUCGAGCGACUGGCUCCCCGAGAGCCUGAUCACCGUCGUGCCCUCUCCGCCGACCGCCGCCCCUUGAGCUCCGAAAGGACCAGGUCUCCACCGCCAGCCGUGGGCCCCAGACAAUCUGCGCCCGAGGUUCAGUGGCUCGGCCCGCCCACAACCACCGAUUUCGACGCCCCCGACCUCGAAUCCGAAAGCGAUGCCCCGAUCGACGAUAUCGCCGACUGGAACCCCUAUCCCGAGAUGAAGGCGGAUACGUUUGAUGACCCGGAUGAAAUAAUUGAUUUGGAUAUGGAGCUGGAACAGCGGUGGAUUUUAAACCUGAGCAUGCACUUCCGGGAUCGCUCAGAGCGGGAGAAGUUCUUCGUGACAUACGCAGAGACCCCGAACCGAUGGCGCCGAGUCACCAUUUCCUGCGACUACCACAAUGCACCACCCGAUUCGUUGGAGGGAGAGCUGAAGGAGCUGCGGUAUCAGCGCGACAAGUGUGCGAAGAUCUACGAAUCGAUUCGCGAAUCCCUACUCGCAAUCCAGUUCUACGAAGGUGUUACGAACCUCCGACUCGAGACAAGCGACGGCCGCCUCCACGUUCAUGUGACGGAAGACGUCAACGAAACAAUUCCAUACCCGCCCAUUUCCAGUAUCAGGCAUUUGGAUGGCGCCCCAUGGAUUCCCGAGCACUUGCUACACUUCGAAUCCCAUUUAUCCGGCUUUGUUUACAAGAUCAACUUGAAUGGUCGUUUCUAUAUCAAAAAGGAAAUUCCCGGUCCGGACACUGUGGAUGAGUUCCUUUACGAGAUUAACGCUUUGCAUGCGCUGAAAGGCCGCCCUAGCGUAAUCCAGGUGGAAGGGAUCGUGAUCGAUGAAAUGCGAGGUGUCGUCAAGGGUUUGCUGAUCAGCUAUGCCGAACAGGGUGCACUGGUCGACAUUCUAUAUGAGCAACGCGGGAAAACGAGCUUUGCACGACGCGAGCGAUGGGCCAAGCAGAUUGUCCAGGGUCUCUGCGAGAUCCACGAAUCGGGCUAUGUACAGGGCGACUUCACGCUGGCGAACAUUGUGGUGGAUGCAGAUGACAAUGCGAAAAUUAUUGAUAUUAACCGCAGAGGAUGCCCAGUUGGAUGGGAACCGCCAGAAAUCGCCGCUAAGAUUGAGAGCAACCAACGCAUCUCCAUGUAUAUCGGGGUCAAGACCGAUAUCUUCCAACUGGGCAUGACCCUGUGGGCAUUAGCGAUGGAAGAGGACGAACCUGAGCGACAACCGCGACCUCUUCGACUCGGCGAUGAUGCAAGAAUCCCGGAUUACUUCCGACGCAUAGUGGAUAUCUGUUUGAGUCCGGUGCCGCGCCACAGGCUCUCUGCGAAAGAGCUUCUGUCCAUGUUUCCCCCACUACUGGCAACAAGGGCAUCGACGCCAGCCCGGCCAGUGGAGGUGAUUGAUAAUGAUCCUCGACAUUUGUCAGUCCGAAAUGACUGGGUCCAGCCUCGGCCCACUGGGCUUAGGCUGGCAUCGCCAGAAGACAUGAUGCCGCAAGAUGAUGAUUAUUACCCCCGAAAGGAGUUUUUGGAGAACUCCUAUGGCGGUCUGCAGCACCCCAUCUUACCUGAACACCACGAUCUCGUCAAGCGAUCAACAAUAACUCUUGCAGACUCCAAUGAAAAAACGGGAUUCUCAUCUAAACCAUCCUCUUCCUCCACUUUGAAUCAUCACGAAUCCCAUAACCAUGACACAUACAUGGACCUCCCUGGCAAAUCCAAUGAUCAAUCGCUACCCAGCCCGUCCUACGACAAUCAAAACCAGGAAGCUGCUUCGAUUGCCCAGACCAGGUCAGUAGGCAACGGCUUCCACGACUAUCCCAUUGAUCCGCCAGCCUACCUGGACGAACCUCAGCAUCUCGAAAAUGUCACCCCGAACAACCAACAAGAAGCACCCAAUGGACCAAUCCAUGAUCACCCCCCAACUUGGAUCGGCUCUGUAAUCACCACACACGCAUUCCCCGCUACCAGAUACGUUUCUGGAUCGCAAAUUCAGGAAAGUCAGAAUCAAGAAAGUCCAAGAGCCGAUGACAUGUGUGACCUCGAAACCUCGGCUUUACCCAUCAAUCCUACUUUGUGUGAUCCCGUCACUCUAACGAUGGCCAAGAGCGCAACUUCCUCAAGUGUUCCGUCUUCGAUCAAACCUCCCAAGCAGGACAAUACGGAUCGAUCAUACGAAAAGACAGUCAAUGAUGAGAUUGACCUCGAAUCCUCAGUUUUGCCUCUUAGUCCUACUUUCCGUGAUUCCGGAAGUUUUCUCAACUCUCCGAAUGCCCCUCCAUCGUCAAGUUCUUCUUCUCCUGAGCUUUCAAAGCAGAAACGUGUGGAUUUACCACAUGCAAAUACCUAUAUCAAACCUAAGCUUACCGAAACUUCCUCUACAACAUCAUGUCUGUCCCAUUCGGGAUUGCCUAUCAGCCCUGCUUUCCGUUCUUCUGGAACUCCCAUCAGCGCUGAAGGCAUUUCUUCGACACAGGGUCCUUCAUCUGUCCAAUUGCCGAAGCAAGAUAAUGUGGAUCAGCAAUAUCAAAACGCCGUCAAAAUCAGCCCCAUAUCCACACUGCCAUCAGACUCAACAUCCCCCGAACCUCUCUCAAGAUCGCCUAUCAAUCCUACCCUCAUUCGUUCCUGGCCUUCCAUAGACUUUGAGAGCUCCCCUCGCUCGACAAAGGCUUAUAUCGAACCGCCAAAGCAGGAGUCUGCGUAUCUCCCACCAAAAGCCUCUGGUAUUGAGCUCAAAUUUACCGAGCCAUCGCCCGCAACAUCAUCCUUGUCCCAUUCAGAUUUACCUAUGAGCCCUACCUUUCGUUCUGCCGGUGCUUUCCCCGACGCUCUAAGUAUACCUUCAUCACAGGCCUCUUCUCCUCACCAAACGUCAAAAGAGGAGAACGCGGUUUCGUCACGCACAAGCGACCUCAAAUCCACAUCUCCUGUGCCAUCACCCCCUCCCUCACCCCGCUUUUCUUCGGCAUUGCACAUGUCGAACCUCCGCCACAGAGGGGCAUCCUUUGGUUCUAUAGGCCCACCAUUCGCAAGUCCAUCUGUUGUUGGCAUUGGUUUGCUAAGACGCCCAUGGGAUCAAUCACCUGCAAAUAGUGCAGAUGGUCAUCUCACACUGACUCGGCCAUCAAGUCCAACCUCGUCCCUUGGUAAUUCCCAGGCUCCCGUUAAGGCUUCGAACCUCCUUACACCGGCGACAUCCUUUCACAUCGAACCUCAGGGAAAUGCAACAGUGGACCCCUUCAUCUCGAAGCCCCCUGAUGCCAAACCUAUAUGGACCAGUCUACCAGACCUAAAUCCAAACCUGCUGAAUUCGAAGUUGCCUAUCAGUCCUGCACAUACGAACUCAAGGCCCACUUCCAUAUAUACCGAAGCAAGGAUAGCAUACACUCAUGGCUCACCGUCAAGUCAGGCCAACCCGAGCCAUUUGACCCAGGCAGCUCUUUCGUCGAAACGCCACUAG